GCAAACUGACCUCCUCCCCUGCCCGUUACUAGUCUCUAUCUGCGUACUAGUCUCUAUCUGCGUACGUCGCUCUGGCGCCCAUGGCCACCCGAUCUCUGCUGCCAGCGCUCCUGGUCCUGCUCGGGGCUCUGCUCCCAGGAUCUGGAGGUGCCGGAACAUCAGUGCAACCCCCAGAAGCCACCAUACCCCGAGGAGGCUCUGUGGUGGUGACCUGCUCUGCCACCUGUGAUCAAAAUGCCACCUUGGGCCUGGAGACUCCAUUGACUAAGAAGCAAAUCAACCAAGGGCAAAACUGGGUGACCUAUGAACUUAGUGGCAUACAAGAAAACAGCACUCCACUAUGCUUCUCAAACUGCGGCGCUCGCCAGACCCAGGCUUCAGUGUCCCUUACUGUGUACUGGUUCCCAGUGAGUGUGGAGCUAGCGCCCCUGCCCCAGUGGCACCCUGUGGGUGAAAACCUGACCCUGCACUGCCAGGUGGAGGGAGGCGCACCCCGGUCCCACCUCUCCGUGAUGCUGCUUCAAGGGGAGAAGGUGCUGGCCCAGCAGCCUGCGGUGGGGGAGCCCGCUGAGGUCACUGCCACAGUGCUGGCAGGCAGAGACGACCAUGGCACCAAUUUCUCUUGCCGCACGGAACUGGACCUUCGGACCCAAGGGCUGGGACUGUUCCAGAACAGAUCAAUCCCCAGGAAGCUCCAAACCUUCGUCCUCCCAAAGAUCGGCCCACGCCUUGCUACUCCUCGGAUCAUGGAAGUGGGCACACACUGGCCCGUGAACUGCUCCCUGGAUGGGCUGUUUCCCGUCUCAGAGGCCCAGGUCCACUUGGCACUGGAGGACCAGAGGCUGGAACCCACAGUCAAAUACAGCAAGGACACCCUCUGGGCCACUGCCUGGGCCAAGGUGAAUGCAGGGGAGGAAGGCGCCCAGCAGCUCAGGUGUACAGUGAUGCUGGGAAACCAGAGUCAGAGGACUGCGGAGAAGGUGACCGUCUACAGCUUCCCAGCUCCCAACCUGACCCUGAGCGAGUUGGUGGUCCCAGAGGGGACUGUGGUGACAGUGGAGUGCAAGGCCCAUCCUAGAGCCGUGGUGACACUGAGUGGGGCCCCAGUUGGGACUCCAGGCCCGCGUGCCCAGUUCAUGCUGAAUGCCAGUGCCGAGGACAACGGGCGUAGCUUCUUAUGCUCUGCUGUCCUGAAGGUCGACGGGACAAAGCUGCACAAGAACGAGACCCAGGAGCUCACUGUCUUGUAUGGCCCCCGACUAGACGAGAGUGAUUGCCCAGGAAACUGGACUGUGCAGGAAGGCUCCCAGCAGACCCUGAAGUGCCAGGCCUGGGGGAACCCAGUCCCCAAGGUGAACUGUCACCGGAUCGACGAUGGGGCUUCACUGCCGAUUGGGGUCCUGAGGCCUGUCAUGCGGAAUAUUUCUGGCACCUACAAAUGUCGGGCCAUCAGCCCUCGCGGGGAGGUCACUCGUGAAGUGGUCGUGAAUGUGAACUACCACCACCAGAAUAACAUAGUUGUCAUCGUUUUGGUGGCAGCUGCAGUCAUCUUGGCCACUGUGGGCACAGCUGCUUACUUCUAUAACCGCCAGCGGAAAAUCCGGGAAUACAAGCUACGGAAGGCCCAGGAAACGUAUAAUAACAUGAAGCUGAACACAUCACCCUGAGCCUGCCCCUGGACAGGACCUCCACCAGUGGCAGCAACGCUACAUUGAACAGUGGUGGACAUUCAGCUGCCAUUCAGCUGCACCUACCUUCCUGGGACGCGAGAGGACAGGAUAGAGACCUCAGUCAGAAUACAGACAGCAUUUAGAGUCAUGGCACCUGCACACUCAGGACUCCCAGGACUCAUAGCCACAGGACUGAGCCAGGACGCCAGGGCAAGGCUAAGGGCAUGACUGUUGGGGUGUCAAAGGUGACCUGGUCCGAGAGGUGUGAUGGAGACAUAUACCUCAAACAUGGGGACACUCGUCUGAAAAACAUUGAAAUUCAUCCUCGACUGCAUGUUCUGAGGCCCUACGAUCCUAAGAGCGAAGUGGCCCUGCCCAGUCACAGGCAGCAUGGAAACACAAAGUUCUCACCCUUUGUCAGGCAGUGCUGCCUACUGACUGGUCCUAGCUCUUGAUGAUGACAUAUUUAUUCAUUUGUUAUUUUACCAGAUAUUUAUUAGUGCCUUUUAUGUGGGGUGGAAUGAUAAACAAGACACACAGAAGUUCCUGCCCUCAGGAACCUCUUGGUCUAAUCUCACUCAGGGUUGUCGGGUACAGUUGUGUUGGCUAUGCACUGCACAAGAGUGCCUUGCAGAAAAGAUCAAGUUGGGUGGAAGUUCCCACUCCAUUGGCCAAACUGCUUUCCUCCAGAAGGGGACCAGCAAGUCAGCAAGGUUUAGCUGGUGACAUGCCCGGGAACAGCCCACGGAGCUCUUAACCCCCAGCACUGGUGCUGACCUUUCCCUCCCUCCACCCAGAUGCAUCUCUCCUAGUGCUCACAGUGAUGCUCAGGGGCAUGCCUCAAUGUGAGCGCCCACUCCCUCUCAGCUAAACCGUGGGGCCCAGCCCUGGCCGGGUAGCUCAGUUGAUUAGAGUAUCAUCCUGAAAUGCCAACGUUGUAGGUUUUGUCCCUUGACAGGACACAUACUAGAAUCAACCAGUGAAUGCAUAAAUAAGUGGAACAACAAAUUAAUGUUUCUCUCUCUCUCUCCCCCUUCUUCUUUCUCUCUAAAAUCAAUAAAAUAAACAAUGUGUUCCCUUGAAAGUA